AUGAAACCUAGAAUGGUAACAAUGAUAAUUGAUAUUGAAUAUGAUGACAUGGAUGUGUAUUUGUAUGAUGGAAAUGAAUAUGAAAGAGUUGAUAAAAUGAAAUAUUUAAAAGAAGAAGAAAAGAAAAUAAUUGAAGAAAUCAUUUCCAAUGAUAAGAAGAAUGUGAAAAUUAGAAAAGAAAAUAUUAAAGGAGUAGAAAUGAUGAUUAAACCAGAAAGUAAAUUAUCAAUAAUAUUCAACAAUAUUAAGAAAGAAGUAGAAAAGAAAGGAGAAAUUGAAAGAACAAUCAUUUUUAUUCCUAAUGGAACAAGUCAAGGAAAUGAAAGAAGAAUAGAAAAUUCAACAAAACUUGGAAGAUUAAAUAAUGUACAAAUCAUACGGAAAUAUCAUAUAAUUGAAAGAAUACUUUCAGAAGAAUAUAACAUAGAAACACCAAUUCUUAUCAUAGAAAAUACAGAAAUAACAUAUGGAAAUAUUAAAAAAGAAAAAGAUAAGAUAAAAAUAAGAAUAAUAAAUACUAUAAGAACAAACAAUAUAAUAGAAGAAAAUAAAGAAAUCAAUAGAAUAACAACAGAAGAAAAAGAAGAGAAAGGGAUAAUAAUAAAUAAUAAAAUAAAACAAGAAAACAAAAUAAACACAAAAAGAUGGAGAUAUAAAGAAAUCAACGAAGAACCAUAUAUUAAAACAAUAAUAGAAAUGAUAAAAAAAGAAGAAGAAUAUUCAGAAUAUUCAGUAGAAAGAGAAAUGAUAAUAAAUAUCAAAAGAAUACUAUACAAUAAUAAAAUCAAUAAAGGAAUAAUUGGAAAAAGAAGAAUAGGAUAUAAUGAAAUAAUGAUAACAUCAAAGUAUUUUAAUGAUAUUAAAGAUUUUAUUAAUUUAGAAAUAGGAAUUAAAAGAUUUAGAGGAAAUAUUGAACGAUUUCAUUUUAAUCCAAUUCCAUUAAAUGAAUAUUCAAGAAAAUUCUUUCCUAAUAUUGAAACAUUUCAUAUUUAUAAUAAAAAAGAUAAAAUAUUUAAUGACGGAAGAAUAUUUACAUAUGUAAUAUGGUAUCCAGUAAGUUAUUUAACAUAUUUAAAAGAGAAAGGAACAGGAAAUAUCUAUAAAAAUAUAGAAUAUACACAAAAAGAUAUAAAUUUAUUUGGAAAUACAAUACCAUCAGAAGUUAAAUCACUUGGAGAUCAAUGUUUUUAUACAUGUAAAUCAUUAAAAUCAAUUAAUAUACCAUCAUCUGUUAAUAAAAUAGGAAAUAAUUGUUUUUAUGAAUGUACAUCAUUAACAUCAAUUAACAUACCAUCAACAAUUAGUAAAAUAGGAAAUUAUUGUUUUGAUGGAUGUUCAUCAUUAACAUCAAUUAACAUACCAUCAUCAAUUAAAGAAAUAGGAUAUAAAUGUUUUUAUGGAUGUUCAUCAUUAAAAUCAAUUGAUAUAAAGAACAUACAAUAUACGAGUGAAGAUAAAAUAUUUGUAGGAGAUAAAAAAAUGGUAUCAAUUGAUAUUGGUAAUUUAAUGAAAAUUAAUAAAAAUAAAAUAGAACGAAUGGACGUUAAUAAAUUUUUAAUUCCAACAACAGUUAGUGAUAUAAAGUCUCAAUGCUUUUCUGAAUGUUCAACGUUAAGAUCAAUAAACCUUCCUUCAUCGAUUAUUGAAAUAGGAAAUUAUUGUUUUUGUGGAUGUUCAUCAUUAACAUCAAUUAAUAUACCGUCAUCAAUUAGUAAAAUAGGGUAUGAGUGUUUUGACAGAUGUUUAUCGUUGAAAGAACUUACUAUUCAAAAUAUAAAAUUCAUCAGUAAAGAAAGAAUAUUUAUGAAUGAACCAGUCUUAUUUAGUAUUAAAAUACCAGAGAGUAUAAAAAAAAUAAAUGGAGGAAUUAUUAAAUGUGAAGACAUUAAUGAUUUUAGGAUUCCAACAAUGAUCACUAAAUUAGAUGACAAUUGUUUUUCUGAGUGUUGGUCAUUAACAUCAAUUAACAUACCUACGUCAAUUACUAAAUUAGGAAAUGAAUGUUUUUAUAGAUGUAAGUCAUUGACAUCAGUUACUAUUCCAACAACAAUUAGUGAAUUACGAGACAAUUGUUUUGAUGAAUGUAAGGAAUUAAUGUCAAUUAAUAUUCCAUCAACAAUUGAAGAAAUAGGAAAUUACUGUUUUUAUGGAUGUUCAUCAUUAAAAUCAAUUAAUAUACCAUCAUCAAUUACUUCAUUUGGAAAUAGUUGUUUUUAUAAAUCUGGAUGUGAAAAAAGUUUAAGAGAAAUUACAAGAAUCCCUAAAAAUUGUUUUGAGUAA